UCUGUGCGUUUCUCUUAUUUGAUUGGACGGCAGGUUGGCGUAUCUUCAGGCAAAGAUGGCAGCCGCAGUAGUAAGGAGUGUUGGGUCAAAACUAAGCAGAAAUUUGAGAGAAAUCAGGAUCCAUCUGUGCCAGAAGUCGACCGGCAGUCAGGGAGUCAGAGACUUCGUUGAACAGCACUAUGUGGAGCUUAAGAAAGCCAACCCAGAAUUCCCCAUCCUGAUAAGAGAAUGCUCAGGAGUUCAACCUAAAUUAUGGGCUAGAUAUGAUUUUGGGAAGGAGACAAAUGUCUCAUUAAAUAACCUCAAUGUCGACCAAGUCGCCAGGGCUCUGGAGUCUGUUGCUACCCGUAAACCAUGAAGGAUUCGUUUUGAAAAUAUUUUCAGAUAAAAACAAGGAAAGCUCCCGCCUUUGAUGGACGUUAAGUUAUAUUUACCCUGUACCACCAUAUAUCAGAAUAAAAGUUCUUAAUUGUGCAA